AUGAAUCGAAAUACAACAUAAGGCAAAAACUUUAACAUAAAACCAUUAGUUUUUAAAGUUAAAGGAACUAAUUAUGCAAGUUAAAAAAACUCAUUUACAAGUUUAUCUCCAACUCCUAAAAUUGGAUCUCCAAGGUUUGCUGAUAACUUAAGAAAACCUUUAAAUCCUAUAUUAAGUCCAAAAAUAAAUAACAAACCAUUUGAUAAUACACAUAUCUUUAGAUCCACAAGAUUUCAUUCUGAAUUCAAGAAACCAACUAUUGAGAAAUAAACUGAAAAAGUUACUUUAAAGUUUUCAGUCAUGAAAGAACUUCAUUUAUAGAAAUAACAUACUCAUCAUAGUGUUCAUUGUUCCACAUAAGUAGUUAAAAAAGAUAAUAUCAAUUUAUUCGUUUUAUGUGAAGGUCAUGGUAAGUUUGGAAAGGAAUGUUCCUAAUAUGUUAAUCAAAAAAUGAUAGAGAAACUAACUAAUAAUAAUUUAAUCAAUAUAGUUUAGAAAAAAAAUGAUUAAAUAAAUCUUUUAUUUGAAGACCUCUUUUCUGAAAUUAAUAAAGAAAUAGUAAUUUAUGUAUAUAUAUAUUUAGUAAUAAUGCUAAGAUAUAGAUUCAUCAUAAAGUGGAUCAUAAGCUAUUUGUAUAUUAAUUUCUGAAAUGAAAUUGAUAUGUUCAAAUUUAGGAGUAAGCAAAGUUAUGUAUUUCUUUUUACAAAAAAAUAAUUUAGUUUUUAAACAAUUAAAUACUGUUCAUUCUAUCGAAAAAAUGUCUGAACAAUAAAGAAUAUUAAAUAAUGGUGGUGAAAUAGAAUAAGAAUAUAUUAAUUAUGUAAAAUCAGGUCCUUUAAAGAUAUGGUUAAAGUAAAAUAAAUCUUAAGGGAUUCAAUUAACUAGAUGUAUAGGAUAUAAUAAUUGGCAUUAAAUUGGAAUUACUUGUUAACCAGAUACUACAGAAUAAAUACUUACUUAAUAAGGAUAUAUAAUAAUUGGUAAUAGUCAAUUAUUCGAGUUAAUUGAUACUAUUGAUAUAUCAAAAGUCUUAGAAAAACAUAUGGUUCCACAAUCUUAAUAAGAAAUCAGUAAUGUAUGUGAAUAACUAUUAAUUUUGGCAAAAAGUAGAAUUUCUAGUAAUUUACAUAUAGAAUAAAUUCUGAUGAUCAUUUUAUUCAUUGGAAUUUGA